ACUACUGAAAUUCUUUCCUAUAAGUCGCCGUGGUCAGGCAGAGCAGCCACAGGCACCACUUUCACUCUUUUAUAGGGCUGUUAAUACCGACUUUUUAAUCUUCAUGUUAAUUUUUUUGACACCAAAUAUACGGAAUUGUCUUGUUUUUGUUUUGUUUUGUUCGAGCGCAUGACGGAGGGGAUGGACGCUUAUCAGUAAACUCGACUAUUCCGGUGGUUUGUAGGAGAAGUUUCAGGAGUUUAGCAUGGAUUCAGUUCGUUUUGCUUUAGUGUGUAUCCUCUGUCUUUGCCUGGUAUGGAGAAGCCCUGCAGAGCCACCAGGAAUUCCAGACCAAAUCCAGCAAUCCAGGUUUUCAGUACUGUGUGCGAUCGAUAAGGUCCUGUGUCAGGAUGAGAAUGCUGUGCUUAGUUUUGAGGCCAUCAGGAGUAUCCACAAAGAUAUGGACGAUGAUGCGGAUGGCAGCGUGGAUGUGAUGGAGACAGACGAGUUUCUUCGAGAGGAUCUAAAGUAUCACGACCCCAAGGCAAAACACAAGCGUUUUCAUGGAGCUGACCUUUUGAUCACUGUGGAGGACAUGUGGAAUACCUGGAGGGCCUCUGAAGCUUAUAAUUGGACAGUGGAUGAAGUGGAAAUGUGGCUAAUAAAUAUUGUGAAACUGCCACAGUAUGUUGAAUCGUUCAGGAAGAAUGAGAUCAGUGGCCAAGCCUUGCCCAGAUUGGCGGUGAAAAAUGCCACCCUGACGCUGUCCGUGUUGAAGAUCCUGGACCGUAGUCAUGCUCAGAAACUGCAGCUCAAAGCUCUGGACACGGUGCUGUUCGGUCCACAGAUGAGCAAGAACAGCCUCUUGAAGGAUUUGGUGCUGGUGGUGUCCAUUGUAAUCGGACUAGCAGGCUGCUGGUUUGCUUACAUCCAGAACCGCAACACGAAGGACCACAUGAGCAAUAUGAUAAAAAACCUGGAGGGCUUGCAGAGGGCAGAGCAGAGUCUUCUUGACCUGCAGCAGAAGCUCCAGAUAGCACAGGAUGAGCACCGCUCAGUGGAGGUGGAGAAGGUGAAUCUGGAGCAGAAGUUGAAGAAUGAGAUUAAUGAGGCUAAAAACGAGGCUCACAGACUUCAGGAGCUGCGUGGGGGCACAGAAAAUGAACUAAGCCGCCAGAAAUAUGCUGAGGAGGAGCUGGAACAGGUGCGCACAGCUCUGAAGAAGGCAGAGAAGGAGCUGGAGUCGAGGAGGUGCUGGUCUCUUCCUGAACCUCUGCAGAGGUGGCUACAGGUCACACACGAGGUGGAGUUGCAGUACUACAACAUAAAAAAACAGAAUGCUGAGAAACAGCUUCUAGUGGCUAAGGAAGGGGCAGAGAAGAUAAAGAAGAAGCGAGGCACAUUGUUUGGGACGUUCCACGUGGCUCACAGCUCCUCACUGGACGAUGUGGAUCACAAAAUCUUGUCAGCUAAACAGGCUUUAGGGGAGGUGACAGCAGCUCUGAGGGAGAAGUUGCAUCGUUGGCAGCAGAUUGAGUCUCUCACAGGUAUGAGCAUUGUAAAUAAUCCAGGCCUGUCGUUUCUGGCCUCGGCUCUCAACCUGGACCCUUCCUGUUUGGGGAUUCGGACUGCCCCUCCACAACACCUGCUGCUUUCUGAUGAUCUAGAUGACAUGGACGAAGACAUAAUGUCCCCUGGAACGCUGCGAUAUGCCGCCUGGCAGAUGGACCGGCGAGUGAGUGACCUUUGGCCUAUGGCCCCUGAGAGCCUGUGGAAACAUUCUGCUUCCAGUGCGAUGCCGGUGCGGCCGCAGCAUGCUGACCUAGCGCUGAGUUCUCAGAGAGAUCUGAACCACUCGGAUUCGGACUCGUCUCCGUCUCUGUAUCAUUACUCUGACAGUCAGCAUAGUUCGUCCACAGCAUUUGGCGGUAAGUCCGUGCUUUCACGGGCUAACGGGGGUGGAAACAGCUCAACCAACAGUCCCAUCUUUACUAAGAGAUCCCUUGGCAUGGAGAAAUGCGCCAGCCUGGGAGAAAUCCACAUCCAGUCUGGUGGCCUGAGCUCAGCUGCAUCCACUCGCUCCCUCAGCACUCCACCCAUAGACAUAGACGGAGCUGCAGGAGGGAAAAGCCGAGGCAAGAAGAGCCCAGGGGAUGAGGACAGCACGUCCACAGGUGAGGAUGCCGAAGUUUCCAGCUCCAGCCGCAAGAAGCACGCCCUCUCCAGACUCUUCCACAAGCAAAAGCAAAAGAAACACCAGUGACCAAGUGACAGCACCAGAAUAUUUUAAUGUACUUCACACCAAUGACCCCAGGAUACAUCAGUAAUGAUGUGUUCCAGCGCAUCUACAUGAUGUAUCUUUUACCAGUACUGUUUUAAUAGGCGUAUUUCUACUGUAGGAUUUUUUUUAUGAUUUGAUUUAUAGAGUAAUUGGAUUGUGUCAUCUGAAGGGAACAAAAGUAUUAGUCUUUUGCAGCAAAGUGUAAUUUUUCUGUCAAAUAAUUUAUUCCAUAGAUACAGGCAUUUAGUAGGUACCUAGAUUCUAUUCUGAAUAGGGGUGCAAUGGUACACAUAUUCAUACAGAAAUUUUCGGUACAGGGCUUUCGGUUUGGUACUCGUGCACCGCAUGCAAUCCUUAUUACAUGGGGAACAUAUUUACGAUCACAGUCCCCCCACAGAAACAUAUUAAUUGGUGGACCUCAACUUCACUAUUUUGUAAUCAUUAUUACAUUUGGAAACAGUGUCACUGUGGAAAGUACAAAUAAGAUUUGUAGUGUGUUGAAAUGAUUUUUAGUGAAUUAUAAAACUCAGAUUUUGUGUAUAUGAAUGUUAAAGUAUGAUGAAAUAUGUAGAACAGUUAAAUAAAACAUAUUUUGAAAACAGACACACACCCACACACAUAUACAUGACCAUUUUACCCAAAUGGGAUUACUAUAUGUAAUCAAUAUAAUAAAUAAUAAUAAAUAAAUAUAAUUUUUGUUAUUUUUGUAUAUUACAUUUUUUAUAAAUUAUAAAUAUUUUAUAUAUUAUUUACCCAAGCAGUCGUUUAAAAAAAAAAAAAGUAAACCGUUGAUGUUGACAGUUAUUAAUAAUAAUAGUAAACUGUGUUAAUGAAAAAUGAUAAGCAAUUUUAGGUUUUGCAGUUCUUCCCCCUAACUGUACCCAAAUUAAACCAUGACUUAAAAAUGUAGGUACCGAACUGUGAAUUUUGCGUACCGUUACACCCCUUAAUUUUGAAGUUUUGUUUAGUUUUUUCUUCCAUUGCAAGCUUGAUGUGCCACCUGUGUAAAGGCCUGGAUACAGUAAAGAGAUGCAGUGUGAAGUGUAAAGUGAUGUGUGUCAUAAAUGUGUAUAAUAAUAGCUUAUUCACUGUAGAGAGCAUGAGAAUAUGCACAGACAAACAACUACAGUCUGCUUUUUUUUUUAUAGAUUUUUUUUUUACUGUUUUAAAUAUAUAUUUUUAUAUAUCCGAGCAGGCACCAAAAUUCUACAACUAAUGUGUACUUGCAUUUAUUUUUCUUUUCUGUUUGGUCUAAGCAAGGCCACUGUAGCCUUCUUCCAUAGAAUGUUGUUAUUGGCUAAUAAGGACUGGAGCCUUCAAGGUUUGAAACGUCUCAAGGUUUGGCAUGUAUUUUGAUAUGCUUUUCUACUGAGCAUGGUUGUAAAGAAUGGUUAAACUACCAUAGACUUCUGGUCAAAUCAACUGGCCAUUCUGCUCUAAUCUCUCUCAUAAACAAGCACCAUCAUUCUGUGUAAACUCUCUUGACUGUUUUAAGAAACUCUGAGGAGAUCAGCCGGCUCUGAUGUACUCAGACUGACCUGUCUGGCACAAACAACCAGGAAAGGGUCACUGAGAUCACAUUUUAUCUCCAUUCUGAAUAUUAUAAAUCGAAGCCCUUUAUCUGUAUCUGUAUAAUUUAAUGUAAAGUGUUGUUGCCACUUGAUUGGCUCAUUAGACAACUCCAUGAAUCAGCAGGGAUUUAUGUAUUCCAUUUAAAGCGUAAAGAACUUUUAGCAAAUUUUCUCUGAAGCAAAAAAGCAACAGGUAAGUCUAAAUUGUUGAACUCCAUCAAUAAGCAUUUAAAGUCUGUGACUAUAUAAAGUUAGAACAAAACUACAGCAUUUCCACUGCAACGGUAAAGCUUUCAUGAACAGUAAGUUCCCAGUGAAUGGGAUUUCAGGUAAAAGAAUGUUUGUAGAUUCUUACGCAUGGUAAUUGCACAUACACUGUAGCUGCAGUGGUGGUGGUUCUCUAGUUGACAGACACUGGAGUAGAUGUUUAUAAGGAUGCAGGUACAAGUACAGGCAGAUUCUUUAUCCUUCCAUAUCACACCUUCAUGUAAAUGUGAACUAAAAUGCAUGUCUUUUAGAAUUUUAAUAAAUGUAUUUAUUAAACUGUUAGUAAUGUAAUAGGCUUAUUGAUUUGACGGAGUCAUCUUGUUAUCAAAACGUGGUCAUUGUCAAAGUCACACUUAUCUAUAUUUUCUGCUUCCAACACAUCAAUAAAUGACUGUUCACUUGAUAUCAUAUCCCACAGGUGCCACUAGAACAAGAUAAUCAAUUCAUGACACCUAUCAGUGGCUUGUAUAUACACCAGUUUCAUUGUUUUUGUUUUUGUUUUUUUUGUACUAUUGUAUAUAAGCUAAAGUUCAUGGACUAAUGACUAUAGGAUUGUAUGUGCUUUUUAAACAUGCCAUUCCACAUAACCUCCACUCUUCUGGGAAGAUGUUCCUAAUUGCUAAAGCUGGGAUUUGGUUUUAUUUAUAAAUAAUUUUGCCAGUCUGGCUGUUUGUUAACCCGGAUGCAUGUUUAAUCCCCCAGUGCACAUUUGCUUCUCUGUUUGAUUGUGUCUAGUCUUUUAAUUUUUUCUCUGGAUUUUUUUGUGGAGUUUUAUUUUUGUUCGUUUUCCACUUUGCAUUAUUGAUUUACAUUAAACAUCAUGGACUUUA